UGUUCCUUUUCUGUCAAAUGAAAGUUUUCCCAUCACCUCCUGCUUACUUAUCCUCUAUGGCAGUGGCAGUGAGUUGACAGCCCGUUGUGGUGUCGUGAGCUGUCCGGGUUUUGUUUACAAAUAAAGGACAGAUUUUGACGGCCCCACAGCCCCCUGAAACACCCACUGACCCCAGGAGAAGACAGUAGCAAUCAAUCCGUCAGGAGGGGCGUACACUUGGGCGUGCAUCACCGUGACCACCCUGCAACGCCAAAUCUGGAAAUGUGAAGAGACAAAUUGAUGUCUUUGGAUGGAGCGGCCACGCAGGAACCCCCGGCCCCCUGGCACUCUCAGCGACUACCUAACAGUGGGGGAAGCAGAGAGCAGAAACAUUUGUGUGGAGAAGAACACUGUGAAACAAGAAAAGGAAGAGGAAGAGAUGAAACCCAAAGACACAAACCAACUAAAUGCAGACAAGAAGCUUUUGCUCUCACAGCCGUACAAAUGUGGGGAGUGUAAGGCUCGCUAUCGCAGCCGAGUGGCUCUGUUGCGUCAUGCUGUCAAGCACAGCGGAGAGAAGCCGUUUGUGUGCUGUGAGUGUGGGCGCGGCCUCUCCAGCCAGUGUGCCCUCACCGAACACAUGAAUAUCCACACCAACAACAGGCCUCACCGUUGUGAGGAGUGUGGUCUGGAGAGCCGGCAACUCAGUGUCCACCUGCGCCACCUGCUGACCCAUCAGUCCCAGCCACAGCACCUGUACACCUGCUCUGUGUGCUCCAAGACCUUCAAGCAGAAUGAAUACCUCAAGAAGCACAUGCGCAAGCACACAGGUGAGAAACCCUUUUCAUGUGAGGUAUGUGGCAAAUCGUUCACUUGCAAGAGUGAGCUGAAUCGUCACAGCAAGCGCCACUCCUCUGAGAGACCACACUCUUGCACAGACUGCGGAAAAAGUUUCAAGAUGAGGCACAACCUUCGCAAACACCUGAGAGCACAUGCAGGAACACAGCAGUGGAAGUGCCUCCUUUGUCCAGCAGUAUUCUCAAAACUAAAGUUAUUGGAAGCACAUAAAAAGACACACUUAGAGACAGUUCAACAGCUGAACAUCAACAGACCCGAUGACAGCAUUCUCAUCAUCUCGGCCGAAGGGGACGACCGCCGGAAAUUGCCUUCCGUCCACACUGUCAUGGUUCCCAAAGAGAACCUAACCACUGAUGGAAGUGAUGGAAACUCAAAAAAACACCUGAGAAUAAAUGGGACAAGCUUGCCUCUUGAAUUAAUACUCAAAUCUGUUGGUAAAGGAAAUAAUAUCAAAAUAAAGAUAAUUGACAAGCCAGCACAGCCAAGGAUUCAGUCAUGCACAACCAAGGAAAAUGUCGUAGAACUUGUGGAUGAAGAGGCCACUAAGCCAGGAGGACUCAAGGAUUCCAAGGACUCCACACCCCACCUGCAGGAGGCUCACCCCCCUCAAGCAGAUAGUCACAUGGAGAGCGUGAAUGAUAAGGCAAUGAAAGUUGCAAGUGUGCUUAGUACAUCAGCCAGUAUUGAGAGUCAUUGCCUUUCCAAGCACUAUCAGCAAGUCAACCCAGCCUCCCCAGACUAUUGCUGCUGGCUGGCCACAUUUUCUUCACUCUCUCAGCAACUCAAUCCAACGUUUGAUCCCGAGGUAUGCAAACAUCUGAACUUCAUCAGCACAACACUUCAGAAUUGCCUCCUCCAUGAGCCAGCCCAGGGAGCAUCCAAGACAGCCCAGCUGGAGGGGAUGGAGGGUGCACUGCCCUGUCUCACACAGACUCAGUACCAGUUCAUCUACAAGCAGUACAGGCUGGUGCAGGAGGUGCUGCUGAGACACUUUGCUCAUCAUAUCAGUGAUAAUAAAUAGUCAGGUAGUCAGACAGGUGGAACCUCAGCUUGUAUCAGUUUAUCUUUGAUAUCACUGAUAUACCAUUCCUCCAGUAUGUUUGUUACAGUAGGAGUGUACAAAGACUGGUUUUCUUGUGCUUCAUCUUCUGUACCAUCUUCAGUUGCUAACCAUACUAAAGUUUCAAGACAUCUCAAAAGAUUAGAAAAUUACAUAACGCUGAAAAGAAAGUUGUGUGAAUAAGAAGGGAGGAACGAGAGGAGGAGGACCUAAGAAGCGAUACAAAGCGUUACAGGUCAAAAGAAGAAGAAGAAGAAGAAGAAGGGCUGGAGGAGGA